AUGUUUGUUGCACGCAGCAUUGCAGCAGACCAUAAAGAUCUAAUUCAUGAUGUGUCGUAUGAUUUUCACGGUCGCAGAAUGGCGACUUGUUCCAGUGACCAAAGUGUCAAAGUGUGGGACAAAAGUGAAAAUGGAGAGUGGCAUUGCACCGCCAGCUGGAAGACACAUAGUGGAUCAGUGUGGAGAGUGACCUGGGCUCAUCCAGAAUUUGGACAAGUUCUUGCUUCAUGUUCCUUUGACAGGACAGCGGCGGUCUGGGAGGAGAUUGUCGGCGAGUCAAAUGACAAACAAAGAGGAUUGAGCCACUGGAUAAAAAGAACCACCCUUGUGGACAGUCGAACAUCUGUGACUGAUGUGAAAUUUGCCCCCAAACACAUGGGCCUUAUGCUUACCACGUGUUCUGCCGAUGGAGUGGUGAGGAUCUAUGAGGCUCCGGAUGUCAUGAACUUGAGUCAAUGGUCCCUUCAGCAUGAAAUUUCCUGCAAGCUCAGCUGUAGCUGCAUUUCUUGGAAUCCCUCUAGCUCCCGAGCCCACCCACCAAUGUUUGCAGUGGGGAGCGACGACAGUAAUGUGACAUACGGUGGCAAAGUCCAGAUCUAUGAGUAUAAUGAAAACACAAGGAAAUAUGCCAAAGCAGAGACUCUGAUGACCAUCACAGAUGCUGUCCAUGACAUUGCAUUUGCUCCGAACCUGGGACGAUCCUUUCAUAUCCUCGCCAUUGCAACAAAAGACGUCAGAAUCUUUAAACUCGUCCCUUUAAGAAAGGAGAGCACCUCUUCAGGUCCCACCAAGUUAGAGGUGCAGAUUGUUGCCCAGUUUGACAACCACAACUCCCAGGUGUGGCGUGUGAGCUGGAACAUCACGAGCACCUUGCUGGCCUCUUCUGGGGAUGAUGGCUGUGUACGACUAUGGAAAGCCAACUACAUGGACAACUGGAAGUGCACUGGGAUCCUGAAGGGAGAUGGCAGCCCACUAACUGGUUCAUCUGGUCAGCCCACAGCCAUGAGAACUGUUGUGGGCUCCUCCGCUCAGACCUCCCAGAAUGCCCUAAACGGAAUGUCCGCAGGAAGGUACUUCUUUCCCCCUCUGGAUCCCCCCAGAGCUGGAACCGGACACGGUCUUCUGCUGCCUCCCCCUUCACUCAUAGAGCAUUGUGAUGCUGAGCAGGGUCAGCCUCAGCAACAGUCUCUUUCAAGCAGACUUUCCUCAAGAUCGCUGGUGUCCUUACCAGAGUCUGAUGGACAAUAA